UGGAUGGUGUCAAAGUAUUGCAGUGGUCAAAGUAGCGUUAGCUUGAAAUGACAAAAUUAUAAAAGAAAACCUGCUUUAUAAACAAGAAGUGUGGGGUUUGAAAGAAGUGGGUUUACAGGAGGCAGAAUACGGCAAAUGAAAGAUGCUACUGAGUUGCAUCAUGGGACAUGUAGGAGUGCUUUUGAAGCCUAAACCAUAUUACCAGAGACUGAAUAAAUGUUUCAGCCUCUGAUUUUCUGAAGUUUCUGCAUUCUGAAUUUACUUAAAAUAAAAUCACAGCAAUAUUAUCAACAAAAUAACUGUAACUAUAGUUGAGAUAAUUGUGAUAAAAAACACCCUUAUUUCCUCUGAAAUAUAAGAAGUGAAGUGUAGAGCAGCACAAAGCAGAAAUACUUAAGUAAAGACUCAAAGCUGUACAGUGUUUUAAUUUAUAUGCUGUUACUUUUCACUAAUAUGUAUGGUUUCUAAAAUGUGUAAGUGCCGGUGAUGAACAUGAUGAAUUACCAUGAGAGGACUGAUCUGGUGUUUCUCUUCUCCUGUGCAGAUUUCUCAUUUAGCUCAGCUGCAUCUUAAGAACUAGUUCUCACUGAGCAGGGUUCAGAUUAACUUCACACGGUGACAGUUUACAGGCAAAAUAUGGCGCCUGUUAGCAAAACAAACCCUCAGAGAAAACCCCCUCUGUCAGAGCCAGCGGUAUGGGAGAAAGAGGGCUGAGAAGGAGAGGACAAUCAAAGGCUGUUAUUUUAAUCUGUCCUGCCUCGGAGAUUAGCCGACCACAUUGUUUUAAUUGUUUUAACGGGAGGGAAUGAAACGCUCGCUUAUAGGGGGGGAUCCCUGGCAUAAAUCUCUCAAGUUCAAUAGUUUCAAAAAACUUGAGCCCCUCGCAGCCCCCCUCUCUUCCCUCAUCCCACCUAAUCCCGGCUAAUACCUUUCUUUCUAUUGGCUAAUGGCUGAGGGGAGCCUGGGUAAAUGCUUCUUAAAUAGUCGUGGGUGAGAAUGGUUUCGGAGAAUGAGAUCCGUACCACGACAAAGAGACACACAGAGAGAGGGAGAGCUGGUGUUGCGAGGAUAUAAGGCCCAAACUAGGACUAGUAGGAAAUACUGGACUACAGCUCACCAGGGUCGACCUCUGUGCGUAAAAGGGAGACGCACCUGGAUCCUCGCGCAUUCUGCUUCAGGGUCGGGAUCUCAGGUAAAAUACCCACGGAAACUUAACACCCUGCACUAUGUUUUCACGGUUUUUUCAUCAGUGGGAGUGAUUUAUUUUGUUGUAACAUUUGAGUUCAAAAUGCUGCUUUAUGGCUGUAAGAUGCUAAUAACUGGAUGCAGGGUGUGAACACUCAAUUUAACCCCGUAUAUUUUAAUGUAAUAUAUUUAAUCCUUAUUCCCAAACAUAAUCUUUACAAAUUUAUGCAGACUUUUUCAUUAAUUUAUAAAGAACAGUCUGAGCAGCGAGUUAUAAAUUAGCCAGAAAGGAAAAGGGACAAUAAUAAAGAAAGUUGUGGAAAGGAGUGAUCAGACCUCAGAUUUUUAAUUCUCUCCUAUCAGAUCAACAAUUUAUCAGAUUAACAAUUAAUAAUAUAUUUUUUUAUUCUUUAUUCAAUAAUUUUCUGCCUUUUCCCAAUGAAAUUAUCUGUUAGCAAGAGUAUUUUAAAAGCUUCAGUCGCUCAUAGGGAGACUUUUCCAAAGGUUUAAGAGUGAGAAAAAUCUAAAUGUCUCCUUCAGUUUAUUGUAAUAAUAUCCAUAUUGAAAAUGCACCCCUCAGUCUGUUAAAUUAAUCUUUCUGUUUCCUUAGAUUCAGUAUGAACUCCUUGAAUUUCUGUGGGACAUCCAGCAGUGGUGGUGGUGGUGUGUAUCCUCUCCACGGUGUCAACUCUGUGCUGUUCGACCUGCGCCACCAGAUGGCGGAGCAGUACCACAUUUACUCUGCAGCAUCAGGUCCCACAGUGCACACCCUGUCUGUGGCUGAGAGGCUGGCAGAGCUGAUCCUGGAGGCUCGCUACGGGAACCAGCAGAAGCAACGCCGCAGCCGCACGGCGUUCACGGUGUCCCAGCUGCAGGCUCUGGAGAAAGCCUUCCAACAGACACAGUACCCAGACGUCGGGAUGAGAGAGAGGCUGGCUGUUUGCAUCAACCUGCCUGAGGCUCGCAUUCAGGUGUGGUUCAAGAACAGGAGGGCGAAGUUUCGCAAAGGUCAGAAGUGCCCCCCACUCUCCAGAGACAACAGUCUGGAGGAGACGUCACAUCGCAGGAAGGUGGGGCAGAAGGAAGUCAGGACAGAAGACAAACAGGACGUCACCACAUCAUGCACUGACAGCAACAUCCCCCCUCCUCCUCCCCCUCCUCCUCCUCCUCCUCCUCCUCCUCAUGUCAGAGAUGUGUGCCCUCCUCUCACCCCUCCAGACUCUGAUAUCUCCCGGUGCCCUCCCCUGCGGCUGCACUCACCCCCGCUUUUCCCUUUCGUGACGGGGGAGUGCUACAGCCGCCCGCCUCACCAGCCUGUUGUAGGAGUGUUGUCGACGGAGCUCGCCCUCCCCUCGGUGUUCUGGCCCUUCGUACAGCAGCACAGCUCUGCCCUGGGGGUUCCUCCAUCAUCAGUUACUAAAAACUGUAGCCUCUCCCUUCAGACUGCUUGUUCCAGUAAAGCCAUGCCUCACCCUCACCUGGGGCUGUAACUGAUGUGGACUUAUACACCUGACACAUACAGUCAGAGGUUGCCCCCUUCUUGUGGCACACCUGAGGAAAUCCUGUGUGGCAUCGAGGCAGAGAAACACCUGCUGCCUUGCUCCUGUAAACCUGACAGUGCACAGAACAUAAAUGUUUAUUUUGUGAGUUUUAUUGAACCCCUGUCUGUCUAAAAUGAUGUAAAGCUGUACAGUCACAUACUUUUUUUAUAGUGGACAAAGUCUAAUUUGGAUCUGCUUUAAAUAACAUCUACAGGUUGGUUUUAGUUUGCCAGUGCUUUUUGCUCGAAGGACACUGUUGUUUAUUCCAUCACGUUUUGGUUCCAGAGAAGAAUCAAUGUCAACACCACAUUUACAGAUAUUAUUAUCUCCUUCAGCAUCAUUUAGCAUCAUAUAGCUACAUGGUUAUAAUAAUGGUAAAAUCAUUUGAGAAAAGCUCCUUAUUGUAACAAAGCACUGCAACAUAGAAAUGUAAAAUAAAAUUAUUUGUUCCCUAAAUUCUCUGUUUUCUUAGUUGCACUGACGGUAGGAUGUGUUUCACCCACUUAAAUUAUACAUUAGAACACAUUUAGAGCACAAGAAUAAGAUCAUAUAUUUGUAGCUACUCAUUAAGAAUGUUUCAUUCAAGAAAAAGAUCCAAAUUAUUUGAUAUAAGGCUGGAUGAUUGAGUACUAUCAUGUACUGGGAGUGGAACUGUAUUGCAAUAACACAAUCAUAACAUGUUAUCAUUUCAGUCAGUUUGAUUACUUUUAUGUUUGAUUUUGUACAUAUUUGCUCUGCCAUAAUACAUAUCAAUAGUGGAAAAAUGUCAUUAUUAUGACAUUGAUUUUAACCAUAUAAUCCAACUCAACAGUUUGAUUCCUGUGAAGAAAUUAACUUUGAAGUGUUACCAGCAACAAAAGGUUUAUCUGCUUAUAGAAGUUUUACAUGGAUUUUGUUGUUUUGUGGUACAGUUCAUAAGCUGCAAGAAAGCAAAGAGCUGACAGAAGAGACGAAAGACAUCUGUACUUUUCCCAAAAUGUUCAAACGUUACAGGAAGCAGGUGAGAAAUGAAUGAGCUUUGAUUAUAUAGAAGAUACAGGUCAAAAUCCCUGUCUUCUGUUAUUAGUCUGAGAUAUGACUUAAGUUAUGGCAGCAACUAAUGAUUAUGAGUUAUUUUAUGAACUUAUUGAUUCAUAGUUUAGUUUAUAAACUGUCAGAAAAUAGUGAAAGAAUGCUCAUCAAAAGCUGACACAUUCAACACAGAGGGCCAAGACCAAACCAGCAUUCUUUGCAUUUUUGUUUAAAACAUGACUUCAACAAUAAAACAGUUACCAAACUUGUUAUCUGUUAAUUUCUGUCAGUCGAUCAGCUGGUUUAUUGACAAAUGAUUUCAUUGACAUUUUUUCUGUGGCAUGGG